UGCCGAAGAAAAUUUUACAGUAAAAUUCAGAUAUGAAUUAUAGUGCUUUCUUUGUCGUGUUUGUGAUUGGCGCGGCCGUCGCCGAGCCGAUUGAAUGGAGGCAAAUCGGAGAAAAGGUCAAAAACACCGCAAAGAAAGUAGUUCCCUACGUUAGAAGCACCUGUGGAAGAAUCAACCAAGCUAUAGACACUUUCUAUGGAGCUCCAAUGCCGUAUUACCCUCAGUAUAAUACGAAUAACAACCCAGUAGCAACAAAUGCAGGUCCUGGUCAAGAUGUACCAGAUUCAAGGACUAUUGCUGGUAAUCCUUACAAUAACAAUUUGAAUCCUUACAAUAAGGAUUACAAUCCUAACCUAGCUGGAAGUCCGUACAACACAAACUACAACCCUUACAAUAUGCAACCAAACAGCAUUCCUGAAUCAGGAGGCAAUUUCUAUAAUACCAAUUUCAACCCUUAUAACAUGCAACCAAGUACUGAAAGGACCACGAGUGUACCAGCACUAGAAGACAAUCCAGAAAACAACAUAGAAGGUAUUAGUCUAGGAGCUGGCUCGGAGUUUGAAGACGACUCCAGAAUAACAUUUGACAGCGAUGUUAUGAGAAGGCGGACAUCUACUGAACAACCCAGUGUGAACGACGUAGACAAGGAUGGCAUGUACAGCGAUUUGAUGAAGAUUUUCAAGAAAUACAAUAUCGAUAUAAGACGCAUGGCUGAUAAAACCAAGACUGAUUGAUUUUUAUAAAAUCAUGAUCAUGUUAGCUUUUUGUGCUGAUACCAAAAAUAUACUGCAUUUCUCCCUAUGGGUAGCGAUAAAAACAAGUGAUAUAGAAAUAAAGUAUUUUAAAGUA